AUGUUUAAACUGGCUGGCUUCCUUAGUUUUUCACCAUUUAUUUUCAUAAUUUCUUCGUUUGAGGAACCUAAAUAUCUUGAAUUCCAGAGAGAUAUAAAAAAAUUUGUGAACGAAUAUGAAGUUGACAACUACUUUAAUCCUAAACCUGAGGUUUUCAAAAAGUAUUUACAAUCAUCCGUGGAAGAACUAGAAUUAGACCCUAAAGUUAUAGAUUUAUUUGAGAAGAAAUUGAAACUCUAUAUUUUUCGAGAAAUGGAUAAAGGAAUGUUCGCCGCAAUUUCUCUUGCUCGUUAUUUUCGAGAAAAAACGGUUGAUUCUCGUUUACAAAAACAAGAAAUAAUCCUCUUAAUUCAUCGUAUUAAAGAUUACAUUCGAGAAUUAGAAAAUAAGCUUGGUAAUCUUAAUAAUGAGGAAUUAGCAGACGAAUAUGAGUGUAUUGUCAAAGAAGAAGGAAUUUGGGAAAAAGAAAAAGCGGAAUGGCAAGAUUUACUUGAUCAACUAAGAGAUAAAUACAAAAGACUAUUAUGA